CUCUUCUUUCCUUAUAGCAUCAGUUCUUCCCUUUUGUUCUCUCUCAUUCUCACAUCUCCUCCUCUCCGUCAUAUAUUCUCCAUCUUCUGCUAGUUAAGGAAGACAAGAAUGGUGGAUCUUCAAAGAAAAGUGUGUUGCAUGUGUGGUGAUGUGGGUUUCUUCGACAAGCUCUUUCACUGCAGCAAGUGCCUUAAUCGCUUCCAACACUCGUACUGUAGUAGCUAUUAUAAAGAGCAAGGUGAUCCAAUUAAGAUCUGCGAUUGGUGUCAAUAUGAAGCGAAGAGUCGAACAGGAGCAAAGCACGGUGUUAGCGGUGGAUCGUCUAAGAGAUCGUACCGGUCGGAAUAUUCUUCAGCCAACCAGAUCAAACAACAAGAGAUUAACCAGAUUUCUGCAAGUAGUAGUAUAACUCCGGUAGCCGAGAAGGGUAAAACUGGUGUACCUUCUCCUAGAACGGCCACUCGCAGGUACAAGCUUCUCAAGGAUGUCAUGUGUUAGUAAUGUUUUUUUUAAAUAACCAAGAGUUGAGAGAGUUAUAGCUAUAGUGUUUAUUAGGAUCUGAGAUGAUAAUAAGACGCAUGAAUGUAAGAUACAAUUAGGGAUGUUUUGUAGAUGUUGCCAUGUGUGAGAAGCAAUGUAACGUACCUGCGGAGUUAUGUAUGUUAAGGAUAUAUGAUGAUGUUAGUGAGUGUUUCAAAUAAAUUUUAAGUAUCUUUGGGUUGAAUGCUUGGUUAAUUAGCAAUGAAUUUUGUGUUUUGUUGUUAUC